AGGAGCUGGCUGAUGAAGGGGAGCCGGAUCCGCCAUGUCCUCCAGGGGCACUGCGAGGAGGUCCAGGCGCUCAAGAUUCACGAGGAUAGGCUGAUCUCUGGGUCUGUGGACACGACGAUCAGGGUCUGGAACACUCGCAGCUGCACGUGCGAGCAUCAGCUUCGUCGGCAUCGAGGAGCAGUAUGCGCACUAGAGGUGGCGAUGGACCUGCUGUUCAGCGGGAGCGUCGACAGGACUGUCUGUGUGUGGAGCACGGAGGGCUGGACUUGCCUGCACGUGCUUGCUGGGCACGUGAAGUCUGUGUUUGCCCUGAAGGUCGUGGGUGGACAACUGUUCUCUGGGAGUGACGAUGGGGAGAUUAAGAUCUGGGAGAUGAAGGAGUUCAACUCGGGCAAGGAGGAUGUUGAGAUUCUUCUCGUGGUGGACCGCAAGCUCAUCGGAGCCUUCGACGACUCGCUGAUUCGCGUGUGGGACAUCAACAACUGGGAGAUGGAAAGGACGCUGGAGGGGAAUGUCGGCGCCGUCUAUGCCAUCGCCAUGGAUGGCAGCAGGUUGUACAGCGCCUCCUACGACAGCUGCAUCCGCGUUUGG